AUGUUCCUACCCAGAUACGAUUUACAGAACAUCACUUGCAGCAAAGAUCAGAAACGUACAGAGCUACUGAAGAAGCAACAGCCUUCAAAUCUUCCCUUCACAGGUCUGGUCCCAGUCACUGUAUCCGUCCUGAGAACCGUCCCUCACACUUAUGACCUGAUGAUGACACCGGUGACCUGGCCUGAUGCACAGAGUUACUGCAGGGUGAUGUACACUGACCUGGCAACCAUCCUAAGUGAUACUGAUUGGCUACGAUUUGAGAAAGAAGCAGCAAGCAAAGGUCUGACAACAUCUGCCUGGGUCGGAUUGUACAGUGACAUCAAUAGCUGGCGCUGGUCCUUAAACGAUCUCCCACUGAAGAAUGUCCCUUAUACCAAUUGGUACACUGGACAGCCUGAUAAUGUUGGUGGAAAACAAGCAUGUGUUCUAAUAAAUAUAAAUGGUGAAUGGCAUGAUAAACAAUGUACAGACCUAUUUCCCUUCAUAUGCUACAAUGCUAAUUUCAGUGGUGCUGCCAGGUUCAUCGGCAUCAGUAGUCCUUAUAUGACCUGGCCUCAAGCUCAAACUUACUGCCGAACACAUCACACAGACUUGGCCAGCUCUCUUAACAGUUCAGACAACAUGAUGUUAGACCAGGUGAGGAAUAUCCAGGGUAAUUCCUGGAUUGGGCUUUACACAGGCACUUGGAAGUGGUCAGACGGGACCAACGCUUCAAACAUCCCAUGGGCUCCUGGACAACCUGAUAAUGCUGGGGGUUAUGAGUACUGUGCAGUGGUUAAUAACGGACUGUUCUACGAUGAACAAUGCGCCAACCUGCACUAUUUCUUCUGUCACACCAUUUACCCAGCGAGGGGUCAGAUAAUGAGACUGCAGGUGAAGUCUGAUGGGAGUGUGUUUGAUCCUGCUGUGCAGUCGUCCAUUUUAGAUCAGAUCAAACAGAAACUGGAGGAAAAAGGCAUGUUGGAGAACACCACAGUGACCUGGAAGGUGCAGCCAGAUGGAAACAUCUUCCACAAGAAAAAGGAUGAUCUGUAACGUCUAAACGCUCACCUUCAAGUCGAGCAGAUUUCAAACUGACUGAAAUGUUAUUUAACCUACAACAUUUAAGCUUUAAUCAGUAGGCAGUGUCAGAGGACAAGAUUAGCCAGAAGUAGAGGAAUAAACGUAUUUAAUUGCUCUGAUUGGAACACGCCCACUUUGACUUUGCAACCGAAAUUUUAAAGUCAGAUUUCACUGCAACUUUUUAAUAUUGAACAUGUUCAGCUUUUGCUGCAAGAGGCCACUGAACACAGUGAUGAGGAGAAAGUCAGAGAGGGUAUGUUCAAUACUGGGUUUAAUGCAUCAGUGUGUUGUAGUAAAGAAGAAUUCUUAUAUAGAAUAUAGUGAAUGUAACAGAACCUGUAAAUACACUGUGUGUACUCUGAACAGUCAUAUAUAAUGCACUUGCCACUAUUACUGUCAUUUAUUUCACAUCUACAGUUAUAAAUAUAUACUCAUUUCUUGUAAUGUUUCUAUUUUCUGUAUCUAAAGGCAUUAAUAAUAUACAUUAAUAUCAUCAAUAAACAAUUUUAAAU